AUGAAGUGGAAGGCGAGCAGGUCCUCGACGCCGAGCGACUUGAGCAGCAGCACGGUGUUGGCGAGGUUGGUGCGCUGUAUCUCGGGCACGGUGGCGGGCAGCAGCUCGCGCUGGUACUGCCGCUGCGUGUACAGUGUACAGUGUACAGUGGUGUACUACCUGCGGCGGCGGGUCCAUGAAGUGGAAGGCGAGCAGGUCCUCGACGCCGAGCGACUUGAGCAGCAGCACGGUGUUGGCGAGGUUGGUGCGCUGUAUCUCGGGCACGGUGGCGGGCAGCAGCUCGCGCUGGUACUGCCGCUGCGUGUACAGUGUACAGUGUACAGUGGUGUACUACCUGCGGCGGCGGGUCCAUGA